AUGGAUUUUGAUUGUGAUCUCGAUAGUCUUCUUUCGGUUCUUAGUCAUACACCACAAUUACAUCGUUUAUAUUGUACUAGAUUGUUUCAAUCGAAAGAGGAUGACGAUACUGACUUCUCAAUAAAAUGUUCUAAUUUAAAGUAUCUUCGAAUAGAAGAAUGUUCUGUUAAAUUUGAUAGAUUUCAAAAAUUCAUCAAGGAUAUUGGUUCUCAAAUCAAAAUAUUCUGGAUUCACGGUUAUUUGCCUGAUGAUGAUGAUAUUGAACCUGAUCAAUGGCGGAUACUAAUUGAAAAAGAUCUACCACAAUUAGAAAAAAUUCUGUUAAGAUCUUCAGUAACUACUGAUGUGAGAAAAAUCAAUUCUGUUAUUGAUCAAUUGAAUUCAUCAUUUUGGAUUGAUCAUCAAUGGAAUAUUAGAUUAGAAAUUGAACCCGAUGAAAGUUCCUAUUUUAUUUCUUCAUAUAUGUAUUAG